AUGGACGAAGGCGCGUCUACUCGUCCAACAAAUACACCCGAAGAGUCAGCUGGGGCAGAUGACAACCAGGCCCAGUCCAAAAGCACGGCGACGAAAGACCGCAAAUGUCAGUACUGCGACCAGGCGUUUACCUCGUCUUCUCUGGGACGACACCUGGAUCAGUUUCUUUUCAAAAAGAAACCAGAUGGAAUUCACGAUGUCGAGGAGAUCCGGCGCAUUCGGAGCAGCAUUACUCGACGCCAGGCCCGCACCUCGUCCGGGAAACGCAACACUCCGGAACGCACGACCGGGAAAGGCUCGAUAGAUUCAUAUCAUAACUCGGGAGACAAAUCCAGGGAGAGUGGAUUCAGAAUGAUGUUCAACACCCCUACGUGGCACGCGACCGGAGUCAUCAAUGAUAUCCCUAAUCCGAGUCACACCCAGGACGGGUCAAACUCCUCGCGCCUUAAUGCUUCCCAGCCCCGACCUGGCUCCAUGAAUCUCCCGGACUAUGCGAGCAGAGGCGCUAGCGCGAAUAAUAAUAAUCGUGAUACGGUGAGAGCGUUGGAGCUAGCUCUGCAAGAGGUGUUGGACAACGUCAAGGCAGCAACGAUGCGACCGCCAAUAUCCCCCUUUGAUUUUGACAUCCAGUCACAAACGUUCCCUUCACUUUGUCUGCAGCUACUUCCUCCUCCGCCCAACCUAUUCUCCACCGAGCCGUUUCCAUCUCCAUCCUCCUUUCCCCUUCGGCCACCAGGGGUCGAGCACGUCGAGAUCGUCCGACAAGCUCUCCGUGCGAAGAUCGAGCGAUGGCAGUCCGAUCAGCUUGCCAUCAAUUCCACCAGCAAUCUUCACUCCGGAAGAACCUGUGUUAGCUUAGAUGUGAACAUGAUUAAUCGGAGUGCGCAACAGCAUGAAGACAUCAGCGUGAGACAUCUGGAACUGGCAGUCAAGCAUUGGAUGUCACUCUCCCCGGAUGCACGACAGGAAGCGUGGCAGCUCGAAAUAACCCGUGCCUUUGCUCGUGAAAUUGAAAAGCGCAAGUCUCUGGAUGAUCAAUUGGCACGAGUUCAGCAAGAGGCGAACCAGCUCCGUGCGCAGGUGGAAAGGCUAGGGUCGUGCCAAUGGCCGAGGGAGUUUGCUAUCUUUCCUCCGGAUACGUUGCCGUUGCCGCGAGAAGUUGCCCGGGAACUGGACGCCCGUGAAGGCCAAAUCAGCCCAGGCUCACAGCGAUGGGAUUAUGACAACGUGGUGGCGAAGUGGAAGCGAGUUGUGAUGCAUGACAAGAGUAUGGGCCGUGUCGGAGUAGGAUACGCCAAUCCUAUUCACGACGAACAAGGCAACGCAGACAGACAACGUACGGGUGACGAGUCGAACACCCAGCCGAGGUCAAGGCCUCUGCAAGGUCCGGCGGCGAUGAGUCCUCCGGAUCCAUCCCCAUCCCAGAUGGGUGGUGCGUCAACCUCACCCACCCAGCACACCUCGCCUUAUCCUCAGAAUGAUACGACCAAAAGCCCCAGUGAAGGUCCUCAAGCCAAACGCCCCCGCCUCAUGAACGGUCACUAUUCCGGGAAUGGCCCGAACACCGCCGAAGGGACCGAUAGUUCGUCCAACUCUUGGAAUCCCCAGCAAAAAUCUUUGAAUGUCUCCAACAUUACGAGGUCUUCAGGGCUAACUCCCCCUCCAUCUAGCUCUGGCACAUAA